GGGGCAAACCGCGUCUUGAAAGUCGGUCAGUGGAGCCGACCCGAUCAGUGAGUGUAGUGGCGAGUGUUGAAGAGGUUGUUGUUGCUGCUGCUGUGAACAUCAGGUCAGGACUGCGAUGACGCUGCGCCCCGUGCUGCUGCUGCUGCUGUUGACCUUGCUCGGCGCCUCAGGGGAGCGCGAGGGUCGGUGCCCGGCGCUCGAACAGUGGGGGAUCUGCCCCUCGAAGGCCCAGAAGUGCGCGCGGGAUACUGACUGUCGCCUGGACGACGAGAAAUGUUGCGCGGCGGGUUGCGGACCGGUCUGCGUGAAGCCUCUCUACACAGGAUGUGAGCAGCUCGAGAGAGAAGCCUCCAGAAGAGCUCGCACUCUUGGUCCAAAAGGCAAAAAGGUUCGAAUUCCAAGGUGUGAUAAGCAAGGUGGUUUUGAUCCAAUCCAAUGUGAUCCAGUGACAUCAAAAUGCUGGUGUGUGGAUGAUGCAGGGUUUGAGGUACCUGGGACGCGGGCUCCUACACAAGAUAUGGUUAACUGCACAGACCCAAAGCCCUGUGCGGCCCACACCUGCCGCAUGCUGUGUCCCCAUGGGUUUGCUUUGGAUGAUGAUGGGUGUCCCAGAUGCCAGUGUCAUGAUCCAUGCAGUGAGAUUGAGUGUCCAAGUGCGCUAAGAUGUGAAUUGGAGGAUGUGACCUGCUUCAAGCAACCGUGCCCCCCCAUCCCUCGAUGCAAGAGGGGCCGUAGCCUGGAGAAUGUGUGUCCUACUGGCGAGCCUCUCAAGAUAACCAACAAUGGACGUCCCUUCCUUUGUGGGACAUCUCCGGGGAAACCAAGAUGUCCGCCACUAUUUGAAUGUCUUGUGGAGAGCGGUAAUGACUAUGGUGUCUGUUGCCCCACGUCAUUCGAGUUGCAAAAGCCAGGCUCCUGCCCCACGAACAGAACAAACAAGGAAUGUGGCUUGCACUGCCGACAUGACAUAGAGUGUCCAUCAAUGCAGAAGUGUUGCAGUUGUGGUGCUAAUGGAAAACAAUGUACCCAACCCCUGAAUGUGACCACCUGCUUGCAGCAGCGUAUGUUGGCAGAACUGCUUAUCAUGAAUGAGCGUGAGGGAAAGGGUUACAUACCUCAAUGCUCCCCAGCCACGGGUCAGUUCGAAGUCCGCCAAUGCAGUCGUAAUGGACUUAUAUGUUGGUGUGUUGAUGCUCAGGGCAACAAACUACCCAAGUCAAUGGGACCCAAGGACACCGUCAGCUGUGCACCACAAGGCCGCAGCCUGUCCCCAUCUUGCAACAAGAACAUCUGUGCCCAAAUCUGUGAGUAUGGCUUCAAGGUGGACUCCAGUGGCUGUCCCACAUGUGAAUGUGAUAAUCCCUGUGCAGGAUUUCCAUGCAGUCCCACUGAAGAGUGUGUUGCUGUCCGAGAUGAUGACUGUUCAGAGUUCCUGUGCCCUGCAUCUCCUCAAUGUCAGCCCCUGUGUAGACAGGGAAUCCCCUUCACAGACCCCCUGAGUGGUGAUGUUGUCACAUGUACUGCAGAGGAAGCAGACUGUCCAAACACUCACAUCUGCAUAGAUAUCCACGGGAGAGGGAGUGGAGUAUGCUGCCCUCUGACAAAGAAUAUUGAGCACAUGGAGAUGGGAUCAUGUCCCAUGCUGAAAAGUUGUGACAAUGUCACAUUGUGUCAUGCAGACAAUGACUGCCAGGGCAACAGUAGGUGUUGUUUCAGCAUCCAGUGUGGAACUGUGUGUACAAUGGAAGAGGACAGACCCCCCUCCAUGUGUGAAUAUCUACGUGACUUCUCUGACAAGAUGGAGGGAACACAUGAUGGAAUGAAACUCGCACUGCCACCACCAAAGUGCCACCGUAACGGAUCUUUUGAGGCAACUCAGUGUGCACAGAUAGCUGGUGACAGACAGUGCUGGUGUGUGGAUUCAUUUGGAUCUGAGAUUCCAGAAACAAGAACCAGGGGGCCAACAGCUUGCGCAGCGAUGCGUGAAGAGCUGGGCUGCCUGGACUUGACAUGCCGUUUGGGCUGCGACUAUGGUUUUGUGCUGGAUCCCUCCACCCGCUGUCCCUUGUGUGAAUGCCGCAACCCAUGUGAUGACAUCAGCUGUUCUGAGGGACAGGCGUGCCAGAUAGUGGAGGUGAACUGUGAGGAUGAAUACUGCCCCCCUGUACCUGCCUGUCUUCCCAAAAAGUCAGGACAAUGCCCCUAUCUGAUCCCAGUCACUGCUGGAUCAUGUGAUUAUGAAUGCCGGUCAGAUCUGAACUGCAAAGGAAUGGCCAAGUGCUGCUCUAAUGGGUGUGGCACCCAGUGUGUGGAGCCUAUCAUGCUUACAGCAUGUCAGCACAGACGGGCCAUUAUGGAACAUACGGCCCAUGAGACAGGUAUACCAGCAAGGCAGCUGUACCUGCCAAAAUGCCGUGAAGAGGAUGGGAGCUUUGAGCCCAUCCAGUGUCAUCCAAUUACCCAGCAAUGUUGGUGUGUGGACAACAAGGGUGAUGAGGUACCUGGCACCCGUGCUCCACCUGAUGUCCAACCAUCUUGUGAAGCCCGGAGGAGCUGUCCACUACAGAAAUGUGCCCCGUGCCCACAUGAUUUCCAGCUAGACGAAUCAGGCUGUCAGACAUGCACGUGUCGAGACCCAUGUUCAGAGAUCUCCUGCCGUGAAGAAGGCGAAAUGUGCCGCCUAGUGAACAUCUCAUGCAUUGACACACCAUGCCCCCCAGUACCCAUGUGCCUGCCAUGGGCCAAUAACCCCUGCCAGACAGGCCACCCACUGCUCAUGAUGGGCUCAACAGAUGUGAUGUUGUGUGGCCCUAAUGGAUCCCCAUGCCCAUCAUCACAUAAGUGCCAUCUCAGCCCGCUGGGAGAGUAUGCAUUCUGCUGCCCAAAGCCCAGAGAUGUCUGCUUUGAACCCGUGGAGGUCGGGCCAUGCCAGACUGAGACUCCACGCUGGUACUUCAACUCUGAAAACAACAGGUGUCAAGAGUUCUUGUAUGGUGGAUGUGGUGGGAACCAGAACAACUUCCACUCUGAAGAUGUGUGCAGGACGGUGUGCCCUGUACUCAGCCAAUGUGAGCGCAUGCGAGAGAAGAACCAAAAGGCAGCAGAGAAAUACAAGAAGACAACAUUUACACCACGCUGUGAUCCAGAAACAGGAGACUGGGAAUCUGUGCAGUGCUUGGAGCAAGUUGGAGUGUGCUGGUGUGUAAAUAGGGCUGGGGAGCCCCUCAAGGGGUCCCUAACCCGAGAUGUGCCCCACACCUGCAACUUCCGACAAGCUCGGCGCAGGAUGCACGAGGACCAAGACUUUGAUAUUGAAGAACUGCUCAAGGAGGUGGCAGCGCUGGAUGCGUAUGAGCCAUUCAAACAGACGCGGUGUCAGGCUCUGCGAGAGCGCAUGACUGGCACCAGUGCUAUGUACGCAGUCAACUGUGAUGCUGAGGGCAGGUUCCUGCCCACGCAGUGCGAUCUACGCAAAUCUGAGAAGGUUCCUGAAUGCUGGUGUGUGGAUGAAGCAGGCAACCAACUGCCAAACACAACAACAUUCAAGAGGGGGGCCAAGUUAUGCUUGCCAACUCCAGUAGAAGCUGUUGAGGUGCGGUUAGGUUUCCAAGGCCAGCAAGGGGAAGCUGUCGGUGGGAAACUCAUGGCUGAAGUCAGAAGAGCCCUGGAGAAGCUAGGGGCAAACAUCCGCAACAAUCUGAUGGAAAUUGAAGCUUACCCAGAUGUCACUUUUGUCAGUUUUGAGGUUAUUGGCAGCAACAAAGUGGAUGUGGCAUUUCACCUUGAGGAGAUGAUGCGGGCACGCAAACUGGCAGUGGGUGCAGGAACCCUUGUGGCAGACAUCACUAGUUCUCACUUCAGCCACCGUCUAUCUGAUGACAUUAGUAAUGAUAUAGAUUUGUCAGACCAUGUCAUCGCUCUAGAAAAUCGUGAAAUCGUGUCCCAAUCGGCUGUAUCUAUGGUCACACCAUACCAGACUGCAAUCGUCGUGCUGUCUGUUGCAUCCGCAUUUGUCAUCGGUAUUCUGGCGGUGAUCAUUUUUCUCUAUCGUAGAAAGGCAUCCUGUAGCACUGCAGAUGCCCUGAAGACAAGUGGCAUAGCACAGAGAUUCCUGUCACAGACUGCCCCUAUAUAUGUAGUCUCUCUGCCCCUUAAUGGAAAGCCCAAGACCAGUGCGGAAACAGCAGAAGGCAAUUAAGUUGCACUGCCCGUCUUCUCCCCACAAGUCUUCUAGUCAUGUAGCUGUAGUUGCAGUACAGGACUACCAACUACUGUUGCCAUGACAACAGACGAUCAGAUCCACGUAUUUAUCAACUAGUCAUAUAGUUCCACUGUAUAUUAAAUAAACAAGUCAUUGCUACUCUCACUAA